AUGGCUUUUUGGGGUGUUGAAGUAAAACCAGGAAAGCCUUUUACUCAUGCACACAAUGACUGGAAAGGACGCCUUCAUAUUUCAAUGGCCACUUUGGGAUUGGGCACUGCAACAGCGAAAAGCACACUGCAGUGUAAUGUUGGAAAUAGGAGCCCUGUGUAUCUGUGUUCUCUGUAUCCUGGAACUACUGAGUCAUUGCAAUUGAAUCUUGAAUUGGAGGAAGUUGAACAAGUUAUUUUCUCAGUAAUUGGACCUCGCAGUAUUCAUCUUUGUGGUUACUAUCUCGCUAGUGGCCGCCAUAACAAUAUCAACGAUGAUUCGGAAUCAUAUGGGGAAGAUAUUGCAGAUACAGAAACAGAGAGAUCUAAUCACAGUGACGAAGAUGAGUAUGAAGAUAGUUUUAUUGAUGAUGACGGUGAUCCAGUGGUUUUCCCAUCAUCUCCAAUUUCUAAUGAAGAGGAAGCCUCUGAUGAUAACAGACCAAAAGGUACGAAAAGUGGCUUUCGGCGGCUUAGGAGGAAGUACCAAUCAGUAGAAUCGGAUGAUGAUGGCUCUUUUGAAGAAAAGAUAAUUGUCAAUGACAGUAUAAAUGACCAAACCAAGGAAACUGGUAAUGAAGAUAGCCUGCCAAUUUCACCCCUUUACAAGAAUAAAGCCUCUGGAAGGGUCUUGGACCAGGAAAUGGAUGAUAGUGUUGACAGAGGAGCAGGUGAUGGCAGCAAGAAGAAUGGUGAAGAUGGUGGAAAUAGUAUUAUUGAAACAAAUUUAAAAACUGACCACGUCCUUGGAGAUAGUCAGAUGCAUAGGGAAGCUGAACUGUCAAGCCACCUAGUAGAUCCUUGUUCUGUUCUUGAUGUUGGGGUUGGGGAUAUUAAAAAGCUAAAAAAGAAAAAGAAAGGCAAGGAAAAAGAAACAAAGAGUUCUUGUAAUGGCCAUUUUAUCAAACUAGAUAAUGUUGUGCCAGAUGGGCCAAAAAUGGACAAGAUGACUCAGGAUUUUCUGGAAGGAAAUGAACAAUACCAGCAGCAUGCUGAUGAUAAGGAAACUGAAACCAAGGAUAAAAUACUACCUUCUUCUGAGGUUGGUCUUGGACAGGGUGAAAAGUCAAAGAAGAAUAGGAAAGAACAGUCAAAGAACGUUCAUAUAAAUGAACAAAAUAAACAGCACACUGUUAAUGAGGAUGUAAAGAUUUCAGACAAUGUUGGAUUGCCUUCUGCUGAAAUGAGUCUUGAAAGGAGUAGAAGAAAGAGGAAAAAUAAAGAUCAGGUAAACAAAGGUUUACAUCUUGAAGGUGACUAUGGACACGUUGAAGAUAUUAUACAAGAGUAUAAAGCCAACAGAGAUACAAUAGAUUCCAAUAAUCUGAUUCAUAAAUUUUCCGAGAGAAAAGAGCAUCAUCAGGAGCUAACAAAUGAAAAAAGUGUGGAGGAUGGUGCUCAUUACUUUCCUGAUGGAAAUCAGUCUGAGGAUAGAAAAGUUAAGAAAAGGAAGAAAAAGAGUAAAAGUCAGGGCAAUGUGGAAGUUGUAAAUUCUGAUAUGCCUCUAUCUGUUGAGCAAAGUAGGGAGACAAUAGAGGAGGGUGGAAACAAGAGGGAAGAUGCAAAGACUUCCCAAGUUAGAACAUUGUCAAAUGGACUAGUUAUUCAAGAGCUAGAGAUGGGGACAGAAGAUGGAAAAAUUGCUGCAUCAGGGAAAAAGAUCAGCAUUUAUUACACUGGAAAGUUGAAGGAAAAUGGAGCAAUAUUUGAGUCAAAUGCUGACCAAGCUCCUCUCAAAUUUCGCCUUGGGAAAGGAAAAGUUAUGAAGGGUUGGGAUGUUGGCCUUGAAGGCAUGCGAGUUGGAGAAAAGAGAAGACUUGUGAUCCCACCAUCAAUGACGUCUUCGAGUGAUGAACCCAAUGCCAAAAUACCUCCAAAUUCAUGGCUGGUUUAUGACAUCGAACUGGUUAAAGUUCAUUGACUGCUGCAUCCAACUGAUUAUGGCUGGUAAAGUUUUGGUUAACAAAGAAAAAAAAAAAAAACAGAAUCAUGGAGUCAGCUGGCAAUGCAGUUUUCUGUUGAAUCUGUGGUGAUUUAGACCCUGUGAUGAUUUUUUGGUGUAGAAGAUGGUGGGUUGACACGUGCAGUUUUGCUUUUUUCAGAUCUUGUGUUAAAGAUCAGAAAUAUGAAUCCAGGGUGGAAGUAAUGAAAAUGUUCAAAUACAUAUAAGGUGCCAUUUUC